AUGCUUGAAAGAGUUUAUGAAGAUGCAACUGAAAGAGAGCCGAGGGGGAAAGCAAGUGCCUUGAUUAAACUGAUGGAACAUUUUCACUUUGUAUUUAUUCUGCAUCUGAUGCUUAAGUUAUUCGGUAUAACAAAUACAUUGUCACUUGCCUUGCAACAGAAAGAUAAGAAUAUUGUUAAUGCAAUGAACUUGAUUGAAGUUUUAAAAAUAAAGCUACAAAACUUGAGAGACAAUGGAUGGGAUGCUUUGCUACAUGAAGUCAGCAUGUUUUGUAACAAGCAUAGCAUUGUGGUGCCUGAUAUGGAAGAUCAAUUUCUAAUUCUAGGACGGUCUCGUCGUGCGAGGCACUUGGUAACUUGUUAUCAUCAUCACCAUAAUGAGGUUUUUCUUCAUGUGAUUGAUUUGCUUACUAUUGAGAUGAAUAAUAGGUUUUAUGAAUCUAGCACUGAAUUAUUAAGUUUGAUUUGCCUUGCUGAACUCUAUUCUGAUGAUCUCUUUGCUACUGACUUGUACUUCUUGAGAGAGGAGCUAGAUACAUACAUUUGUGAAGUAAGAAAAAAUUCUGAUUCUACUAGUUGUGAAGAUCUUGAUAUCGUUGCAACUAAGAUGGUUCAAACUGGUAGACAUUCUAUGUUUCCAUUGGUUUAUCGUUUGAUUGAGUUGGCUUUGAUUUUACCAGUGGCUACAACAUUUGUUGAGAGAGCUUUUUCUACAAUGAAGCACGUCAAGUCAGAUGUACGGAACAACAUGGCAGAUGAGUGGUUCAAUGAUUUGAUGAUAUGCUUCGUUGAGAGAGAUAUAUUUGAUUUCAUCGACAAUGAAGACAUUUUACAACAUUUUCAAAACAAAGCAAACCGGCGAAUUCAACUUCCACCUCUUGCUCUUUCCAAUUCUUAG